UUGCCAUUAUGUAUUGUAACAUCCGUUUUACUAGUACUUGUUGUAUACCUCAUGGUAAAUGUGUCCUACUUCACAGUUUUGACCAAGGAGGAAUUUGUUUCGUCAUGGGCUGUGGCAGCGACGUGGGCGGAGUAUGUAAUGCCUGGAGCAGUUGUUAUCAUUCCAAUCACUGUAGCCUGCUCUGUGUAUGGUUCAAUGAAUGGAUCAGGAUUUAUUGUCGGGAGAAUACUUUUUGCAACAGCUCGUGUACAAUUGUUUCCUGAAUGCCUUAGUUACCUAAACGUCAACACAAAUAUUCCGGUACCAUCAACUAUGCUCAUAAGUAUAUUAGCCUUUGCGCUGAUAUUGCCCUCAGAUAUCAAGUCUCUGCUGAACAUGCUGGGGUUUCUAAGGUGGUUCUUUUAUGGUCUUGGUAUGAUAGCUCACAUUGUGCUCCGUUACAGGAUGAAGGAUGUAGACAGACCAUUGAAAGUUCCUAUAGUGGUUUCGGUCGUGGUGCUUGCUUUUUCUAUAUACUUAGUGGUAGCACCGUUUCUAGAACCGGUAAAGAUUGAAUUUUGGUAUGCAGUUGGAUUUUUGGUAUUAGGAGCUAUCCUCUACGUUCCUUUUGCUUUCUUCAAAUUGGGUUUGCCAGGAAUGGAUUAUAUAAACACAUUUGUUCAGAUGAUGACGCAAUCUGCACCACCCCAAGAAAUUGCAAUUUAAUAUCAGCACUUUUGUUCAGCCUGCAGAUUAAGGACUCUUUUUUUAUUAUAUAUUAUACAUUAUACAAUGCAUAUUUUCAUUAUUUUGUGUAUAUUUCUUAAAUGUGAAGGUCGUUAAAAACUUCCAAUUAUUAUGUGUUUUAAG